AUGCGUCUCAGCGAAUAUUUUUCAACGAUUGGACGAAGAAUUAAAAAAGUUUGUAGUUCAAAUUCACGAAUAUAUGACUCAGAUGUUUCUUCCAGUAAAGCAAGCGAAAGUCCAAGACUAAAUGAGUUAAGCCUCGAAGGAUCCGAAGUAUUUAAUAAAACAAACCGGAUAGAACAAUGGUGGUCUAAUGAAGAAUCUAGAAUUAUGGCCGAGUUACGAAAUAUCGGUAAAUAA